GCCAUAGCGUGGUCGCUGUCGCACGUUGGGUUAGACUUAACUGAGUCUCGGUCAAAUGGAUGGACGACUCAGAGGAAAGAGGCAGUAAGUUGGGGUCAUCAAUGACAAGUCGGAUGAUUUUACUCACUCAUCCAGCCAGGAGUUGGAUCUUUAUGAUUUAAUUGGAACUCUGUUCCUAACCAAAGUAGUCUGCUUGUAAGACGUGCCUCAGCCAAUUACAAGAGAUGAACCUCCGAAUCGUUCUUAACUGUGAGAGGAAACUCUACAUCCUCGAAACGGAUCCUCCCAAGACCCCUGAUGCUAAUGCUCGUGCGUCCGAACUCACUUCCUUCAAGAAGUAUGAGGACGACGCGCGAGAUGUAAAGUGUAUCAUUAUGGCCAGUAUGACCGCGGAGCUCCAAAGGCUCCACGCGGACAUG